AUGCAGCGUGAAGCCGCCGCCCAUGAAGGCGGGGCCCACGGCCGGGGCGACGAGGGCGCGUGCUGGUUCUGGAGCCUGGGCAAGUGCACCAAGGGAAGGAAGUGCAAGUUCGCGCACAUGGGCGCCGUAGUGGCCCCGCUCGGGUGCCCGCGCCCGAAGACGACCGCAAGGCCCCGCACCGUGGCGAGCUCGCGGCUGUCCUGCAGAAGGGGGCGGCAGACUGGCGACAGCCAGCCGCUCUUGCUCACCGUGGGGAGCCAGCUCGGCCACCUGCGCGACGCCGCGCCAGCGACGGCGACUCGGGAGCCUCGGGGGGACAGCGAGAGCAUCGAGUGGACGCUGGUGCUGAAGAACACGUUCUUGUCCGUCGUGCCGAGGGUGAGCAGAUCCAGGGCCCUCCGGCCAGUCCAGUCGGCCCCAGACCUGCGCUUCCAGGCCCACUGA